UCAGUCAUUGUCAUUGUCAGACCAAAGUAAAGACCAGACCAGACUGUCAGAUUGAUAGAGCAGACAGCAGGAGCAGAGCAGACCCACCGCGUACCGCGACCGCGAGCGAGGAGCGACGGACGAGGAACCUCGACGAGAAGAUAGGAUAGGCCCUUCCUGGAUACGUACGUAAACAUGGCGGAAAAGGCUUCAAAGCCUCCUCCCGUUGCGGGGUUGAGACCUGUGCCCAUGAAGUUAUUUGCAACAUGGGAAGUAGAUAGGACACCUCCAAACUGCAUUCCAAGGCUGUGCUCCUUGACUCUGUCUCGCCUUGUUGUGUUGAAAACACUUGGCUCAGAUCUAGCUUCCAUCACCAUUGCUGUCAAAAUGCAGGGCUCAAAACGCACAUUACGGUCUAAUGAAAUGGUGCUGCCUCCAAAUGGACUUUUGGACACUGAACUUCAACUCAAUUUCUCACUUCAGUAUCCACACUUUUUGAAGCAAGAUGGUAAUAAACUACAUGUCAUGCUACAAAGGCGCAAAAGAUAUAAAAAUAGGACGAUUUUAGGAUAUAAAACCUUAGCAGAAGGCGUUAUCAACAUGUCUCAGGUGCUGCAAAGACAGAUGGAUCUGGAGCUGGACUUAGUCACUGACAUGAAGGAGCCAAAGAAUCAUAGCAAUGUUGUGGCAAGAGUGUCUGUGCAAGCCUUGAACAGUCAGCCUGUAGACCACGAGGAAACUACCAAACACUCAGGCCGAGUAGCAGAGUUCUCAGAUGAAGAUGAGGAGUUCAGCAGCAAUGAGGAGGGAUCAGACUCGGAACCCAUGUUGGAGGAACGGAGGUCUAGGAAGUCAAAGAUACCUGUCAAUGCAAGGCAAAGAAACUUGAAGCAGAGGUUCAUUUCCUUGUUAAAAAGGUUUAGAGUUAAUGAAGAUCUGCAGGGACUUGAGACUGAGCGAGGCACAAUCGGUAGAAAUAUAUCAGGUACAGACAUGGACCCGGCAGAUAUAGAGGACCUCUUUGAGGAGUUGGAAGACAUGAGUGACUCUGGUCCUGAGGUUGAUACCAUGAGUAUCUCAUCCACUCCUAAACCUUCACUGAGGCCGUUCUUCUCUAGCAGCCGUUCUCUGUUACAUGACACACUCAAUGUCCCAGGAAGACCUCACCCUCACCUCGGUCUGCUGUCACCACUGGCUGCUUCGGCACUCACUCCAGAGAAGCCAGUGGAGAGACUAAGUGACGAGAGCUCCAAGAAGGCAGAUUCAGACUCUCACCCGGAGAACUGGACCGAUAGUGACCCCCCUCCCCCCACUGCGCCACUCUCCAACUGCGCCUCUUCCCCACCCAAGAACUCAGCUGACACUGAUCGCAAGGAAAAUAUUGAAAGGGAGCGCAAAAACAGAUUGUUUGCACGAGAUCGAAACUCGUCAUCAUCUGUUGGGAAAUCAUCGAAGAAGUCGGAAAAGACAAGUGGAGCUGUUUUGAGUCCAAGUCAAAUCCAGCCUGACUCAAAUAUUGCUGAGCCUCGUAAAGUGGUGGUAGAACAGCUGUUGAGAGUGCUGCCGUCGGAGGACUGUGUACCAGAACAGCUAAUCCUAGUGAACACUGGAGACCCUCUGGGAGCUCUACUGGCUGCCAAACUGACGGAGCGUCAACACAAAGUCAUAUGUAUGGCCAGUAGCGCUGAUGUCAGAGCCACUGUCUUUGCACUAGUCAAUAAGAUACAAAAGUUGUGGAAAACUGAUUCAUCUGGGAAAACCACUUCUAGUUCGAUUCACAGGCCAAAGGAAGAAAAUUGUAAUCUCCGCUCGGGACCCUCUACUUUUAGCUUAAGCUCAAGCUGCAACUCCAGUCCCAAGCCACCUUCACAGAUCAAACUUCUGUUGGCUGGCUCGGACAGUUUCAUUAACUGUGUACUGAGACACUAUGUGGAACAAUUGUCAUCCAAACCCCCAGACUGGCAGACUUACAUCCGCUUCCUAGUGGUGCCAUUAGGUAACAACACCCUUGGUCGGUACCUCAGCAGCUUGGACGCUGUUUACAAUGCUGCGUUUGGCAAUGAGAGUUGGAAAGAUCUCCUGGAGAAGGGAGAAACUAAUGAACCUGUUAACAGAAUACAACGGUAUCUGCUCCAGUCCAACACCACAGUCAACCUCCCUAUUGCAGAAGCUAUGCUCACUUACAAAGAGAAAAGGAAAUCUUUAUCUUUGGAGGAACUCAGCCCUAGAAAAAAUAGAAUCUUCCAUAACCCAACUGAGGCUUUACACCGACUGUUGGCAACUAAUAGGCUUCGCUCUGACGAUGAAUCAUCCCAGAUCUUCAUUCCAUUUAUGAAUGAUGUAAGGUUGGGGUCUCCAGAUAAUUCAACCACUACAUCUGUAGACCUGGAGGAGAUGUUUCCCCCUCUCAUAUCUGGAUCACCUCCAUCCAGCAUGAAUAUUGGCUGUGAGAAGAGAGUGACUCCCCCCAGCUCCCCAAAUAUAGGCCAGAGCAGAGAGCUGUGUGAGCCAUUAGAGCUACAGUUGGACUACUGGCUCUUGCCUGGCAAGUCCUUGGAUGCCAGAGGUGAUGUAGUCUCAGUCAACUUAGACAAAAAGAAGACUGACUCAACCAAGUCCUCAUUGAAAUCCACUUUCCGCUCACUACAAGUCGCUCGACUGCCUUUGCUUGGUGAACAGCCAACUCCCCACUUCACUAUCAGCUACUCCACAAAGGAGAAGAAACAAAAGAUUAUGCGGUUAGGUAAGAAGAAAGAAAAGGAGAAAGAAAAUGAACCCAAGAACCAGGUCGUAGAGGGAGUCUCAAGAUUAAUUGUGUCACCCAAAGCUCAAAAUAUCCCCCUUAAGUUGUGUAUCGAUGGGACAGAGUGGUCUGGAGUCAAGUUCUUUCAACUCUCUGCUCAAUGGCAGACUCACAUUCGCCAUUUUCCUGUCUCUCUAUUCUCUGCCGCUGAUUCAUCACAGCUCUAAACCCCAUUUUCGAUUAUGGUUUGGCAACUUUUUAAUUUGUUGUAAAUAUUAAGUUAUGUAUCUUAUCAGAUUGUACCAUUGUUUUCAAUAUGGAUUGUUUUAUUGUUGAACAGCUGUUUGAAAUGAAGUGUUCCACCCUGUAACAUAUUUUUUGAUGAAUAUUUAUGAUCUCUGUUUUAUGAUAGUGCACAAGAAAAAAAUGCAAUAUGUGUAAAAGCUUUGUUAUGGCAUAAAGAGCCAAAAUAGUGGUUUUGUUUGAAACUUUUGCACUAUUUUAGUGUGUUUUGCUGUUUUGACUUACGGUAGCUGACUAACUGUAAGUCAACUAUCCAAAGUAAAAACAGUUUAUUUAAAGCUUAAAAUAAGAUAUCCAAACAAAAAAGUUAUGUUUAUAAACCAUCUGUUUUGAGCGACAAAACCGUGCAGGGUGUCUACCAGGCAGGAAUUCCAGGAAACUGGGGCAAAAGUUGGGGAUUUUGAAAGGUCGUGAAAGAAAAGUUGUGAUAAAGUAAUGAAUUUCCCUUGGUCAAGAAUAAUCCAACUCUCAAAAUUAGGGAUAGGGGAAUCCCGAAAUUUCGUGAAAUUUUUGGGAUUAAUAUAUUGUUUGGACAGAAUUACAUUAAAUUCGGGAUUUUCUCGAGACGGGUAUCGUUCGAUGAUUUGGCCGCCUCGUGAGUGGCGAUGAUGAAGUUCCCGCUAUUGUGAGAGAUCUUCACGAUGAUUCCGCAAACCCAGUGGACAAUGAUGAUGUCUCUAUGACCGCAGGGAUCUUCUUGUUUGCGCCUUCAUAGUCGCAAGACAAGUCGAAGAUGGUGCUGGAAACAUUGGAUGUGUUGACGAUCGCCCACGAGCUCAGGACAUGUUGGCGAUGGUGAUCGCAGGAAGUCUUGGCAGUGGCGCUGUUACUGCGGGAUGGCGCCAUGAUCGCAGGAGGUCUUCGCGCUAGCGCUGUUACUGCAGGAUGUUGACGAUGGCAUCUUGACUAUGAGAUACAUUAACGAUUGUGCCGAGAUCACAACAUAUCUUGAGGCUGGUAGCAUGACCACAAGACAUUUUGAUGGUGGCGCCGUUACUAAUAGAUGGAAAAAUGUGUAGUAACAUGGGAAAUGGACCAAGUUUUUGAUCGGGAUUAUAUUAGAAAUGGCAAUGAAAAAGAAAAAGUCAGUAAUUUCAUUUAAGAAAUCUGGUAGACACCAUGCAGUGGUUUAUUGCUGCAUAUUUUUUAACAUUUAAUGGAAUGUAAUAUUCGUUUUAUGAGACUUGUGGUUUCUAUAUAACAGUUCUAAAUAAGCCUAAUUAUGACUAAGUUGUAAAUAGCUAACAAUUAAAAUAUAAAGCUUUUACAUCACCAAUAUAGUAUUUACUUAUAAAAUAUUUUGAGACUAGUCAUGUAAGUUUAAUUGUUAGUUUUUUUAUAGUUUAUUUAUCAUAUUCUAUUACAUCAUUUCAAAAUACAAAAAUAUAUACAGUAAUACCAAAGAUAUAACAUUUUGCUAUAAAUAAGCAUUGCAGAAUAUUAUACAUACAUAUACUUACUCUUACUUACUCUUACUCCUGUGGCCAUUGGAAACCUAGGUGGUUUUUGGCCUCGCCAACCAUGUGCCUCCAAGCUCUUCUAUCCUCUACCAGCUCCAAGUCUGCUCCCAUUCCUCUCAAGUCCUUCGUCGCCUCAUCAACCCAUCGCAUUCUUGGUCUACCUAAUGGUCUCCAUCCUUCUGGUAUACCUCUGAGUACCAUCUUUACCAUCUCUCUCUCACUUCUACGGUUAAUAUGGCCCAUCCAUCUCAACCUCCUACUCUUAACUAUUCCCACAAUAUCUGGUUCACCAUAUAAUUAUUUUAACUCUCUAUUUUUCCUUAUCCUCCAUGCAUUUCCUUCUUUUACUGGUCCAAAAAUUCUUCUCAAAAUGUUGUUUUCUAAAGUAAUAAGGCGCUUCUGGGAUUUUUUUGGUAAAAGACCAAGUUUCUGACCCGUAUAGCAAUACAGGUUGCACUAUAGUUUUAUACAUUCUUAUUUUAGUGGUUUUUGAUAGCAGUUUGCUUUUGAAUAAUUUUAUUAAACUCCAGUAUGAUCUUUCUGCUGCUGUGAGUCUGCUCUGAAUUUCUAUUUCUUCUCUAUUAUUGUUUGUGAUCAUCACUCCCAAAUACUUAAAAAUACUAGUUUUCUGGAACCUAUAGUUUAAUACUUCUAAGUGGUCUUCCUCGUCAUCUUGCCUACUUAUUUUCAUGUAGUUGGUUUUGUUUUCAUUUAUUUGUAAACACCUUUUUUCUUGCUUCUUUAAUUAGUACUUCUGUUAGCACUUUGAGAUUAUUUUUGUUUUCAGCAUAUACAUAUACAUACAUAUAGUAGUAUAUAUAUGAAUUCAAAUUGUUGUCCCUCUAGAAUGGUUGUACAAAGCUCAUCACACUCAGGGAGCGUGCCGUGUCUCGCCUCGCAAUUGUAAAUACUCUGGUUAAAUACUUUAAAUUUAAGUAAAAGAAAGUGUUCCGUGCUGCUGUAGAAUCGUUCCCCUUUCAAAAGAUCAAAUACAAGCGGAAUAUUUUUACUGAGGGGAACACUGAAGCGAUCGCAGUGUGCGAUAUGAGUAAAUAUUUCUGUAACAAAAACAUAAUAUAUUUGUCUUCAGUAAUGCUCGUCUUAAAACACAAUGGUUUAAAAUGAUGUCAUGACAAAACUGGCUGUGACGUUCAGAAGGAGAAAAAAACUUGUCUCUGAUUUACCACCCCCAGUAGAACUUUCCAAACAGCACAGUCAGGAGCGCUCCCUGUGUGUGAUGAGCUCAAUAGUUCUGUUAUAAAACUGGCAUUGCGUUAUUGUCUGUGAUUCAAAUAUUUUAGAAGUAAAAUAUUUUAAAUUAAAAAAAAAUAUUUUUCUAAUUGUAAUGUUUCUGUCAAGAGUUCACUGAGGAAGUAAUUUACCAUUUUUCUAGAAAAUUCUAUUUUUGUUGUUAAUCCUUUAAUAACAUGCAAAAUUACUCUCACUUUAGUUUUGUACAGAUUGUCAUAAUAUUUUUUUCUUACAAAAGCUGUGAUUUUUACAUGUGUGCUUUUUACACCUAUCAUAUGUUAUCCAACUUUUAUUCUUAAAACACAAUAAUACUUUUCUGCAGUUACAAGUUUUUAGCGAAUUUCCCUACAGGGAAGUAGCAAUUACCGUAGGUGGCACGGUAAGACCUAGACUCUUGACCAAUAUACUUUUCAAUUUUAAUGUCCCAAGAGGCAAAAAAAAACCCUAUGAUUUGUUCAGAUUUGUAUAUAAUAUAUCUAUACAUAAUAUAUAUGUCUGUGAACCCGAUACCUCGAUAUAGUUUUGGUCCGAUUUUGAUGUAAUUUGGCUUCGAGGUGUAGGGUGUGAAUUAUUGGCUAAUGGGCCCUAGCAGUUUUCUCUUUUUUCUAGAUACCAGUACCAAUGUUGAAGGCUGUAAUUCAGAAAGCACACAUAACAAUAUGGGCCAAUAGACAGGUGCUAACCAGUGUAUUUUCUUUGACUAACAACUGCAAGUAAAUCAAAGAAGAAAGAAAUGCACUGCAAUAAUAAGCAUUGCCAGUUUUUUUUUCUUUUUUAAAAUUGAAUAAUCACAAUUAGGGGUCUGCAGUACAGAAAAUUUAAGGUCAGUACGGUUCGGUACAUCUCGGUUCUCGGUUGUAAAUCGGUACGGUAAAUGCGGUUACCGGUAUUUUUGUGGUUUUCUUCUCAGAAUUGUGUUUUAAUCCAUUAAUUUUUAUUUUCAAUACAUUGAAAUUACUAUGAAAAUGGAUAGUAUCCUACAUUCAUGGUUUUCUAACUACAAUUUAUGUACCACAAAUUAUGAAGAUCGUUAACAAUCCUUUGAUAAGACUUUUAUGUGCUCGGAACCAACUACCAUUGACUACAAUAGUAAAGUGUAAGUAAUUUAUAUUAUAAUAGGCUGUACUGAACCGAUAACGGUAACUAAGCCAGAACUGUACCUUACCGACUUUUUCCGUGCACCGCAGACCCCUAAUUACAAUAUAUUAUUUUCAUUUUAUUUAAUACGAGCUGGCCCGACAGACUUCGUCCUGUCCUAAUGUGGUUUUAUGUCAAUGCUCGUUCAUUUUCAAGAUGAGCUCGUUCGCAUGGCUCAAUCACGUCCUGGUUGAAGUUCGUUUGCUACGCUUACUCACCUUUAGGUAGGAGCUCGUUCGCUGCGCUCACUUGCCUUCAGGUUAGCUCGUUCCCCACGCUAACUCGCUUCCAGGUUGAAGUUUGUUCGCUACGCUCACUCAUCUUUUGGUUGCAAAUUAGCUGUUGUCAUAAAUUUAAAAUAUAAUAGUGUUGCACCCUGUUGGUAAACCUAUUAAAUUUUAAUGCUAUUGAACAUUACAGAAUCAAAUUGUUUAGUUGCACCAGCUCUUCUUUUAUUCCAUUUAAAUAUGAGUACUCAUAAGGUUAACAUGGGAAACUCCUGAGCCACUGUGGUGGAGCCCUUUUGACGGAUCUGCACCAAGCUUCACACAAACCAUCCUUGAAUAAUGCGUAAUAAUGCCUGAAAGUUUCAUUACAAUCUGUCGAGCGGUUUCGGAGUCCAUAAAGGACGAACAAACAAACAAACAUACAUUGGAUUUUAUAUAUACUCAGGGUGUCUAGUAGUCUGGAAAAUCGGGAAAGUCGGGAAUUAGUAUUGAAUUUCAAAAUGGUCUUGAAAAGUCGGGAUUUAGUCUUAAAUUUAAUUUAAAAGUCGGGAAUUUUCAUGAUUUUGCCGCGAUCGUCGUCUUGCGUUUACGUAACCACGAAAGCCAAUGAUGAUGUCUACACAGCCUCGGGAAAUGUUCAUGAUUUUGCCGCGAUUGCGGAUGACGACGAUGACGUUUCCGUGACCGUGGGAGAUGACGAUGACGUUUCCGUGACCGCGGGAGACGACGAUGAUGUCUACACGGCCGCAGGAAAUGUUCAUGAUUUUGCCGUAAUCGCGGACGACGACGAUAAUGUUUCCGUGACCGCAGGAGAUGACUGUGAUGUCCAAACAGCCGCGGGAAAUGUUCAUGAUUUUGCCGCGAUCCCGGAUGACGACGAUGACGUUUCUGUGACCGCGGGGAACGACGGUGAUGUCUAAACAGCCCCGGGAAAUGUUCAUGAUUUUGCCGCAAUCGUGGACGACAACGAUCACGUUUCUGUAACCGCUGCUGUCAAUGAUGAUGUCUAAACGUACGGUACGCGGAAGAUUUCAUGAUAAAAAAACAACCAAAUUUGCUGGUUAGAAUUUUUUAUUGCUGCAUUAUUUCUUUACUUGAAAACUCCACAUUAUCAUAAUACUACUUUAUGACAAAGACAGGGGUUGGUGUAGUAUUAUUUAGAAAAUUUUAUUAAGCUAUACAAAUUGGUAUCGGUAUCAAAAAUCGAGAAUCGAUACAUUUUGGUAUCAACGCCCAAUAAUUGUUGAAAAACUAGUCCUGUAAAAUCUGGAAUUAGUCUUAAAAAGUCUGGAAUUAUUAGUCUUGAAUUUUAUAAUGGAAAUAAACUAGACACCCUGUAUACUAGCUGUUACCCACGGGCUUCACCCCGUUUGACAUCAUAAGUAUUAAUAAAACUAUUAAUUGGUUUAGUUAACCCGAAAUAAACAAAAUACAGUUAAAGGAACAAAUAACCACACCUGAUUUUAAUAAGGUAAUAAAUUGAAAGAAUAACAAACAAAUAAGUACAGCUGAGGUAUUUUUAACAUUAUGUAUAUGAAAAGUUCCCUUUAGAAAGGAAUUACGGCCUUAAAGGGCAAUUUAUGAAAUAAUGGAUAUUUUGCACAAGGUUUCUCGUCAUGACAAAAAUUUUAAGUAUAUGGUUUAUGGGGGUGUGACUUGUAGUUUUCUCAAAAGUUCAUGGGUACUUUUGGCUUUAUAUAUAGAUAGAAGAUUCAUAUUUCCUCAACUUUUGCCUUCCCACCUAUACAUUUAACCCAGUGCUCACUAAUAUUUUAAUUGGUAAACUAAGUUUAAAGUUAUAGUAUCUUAACUACUAAACACUAAGUAAGUUUAAACAAUUCCCCUUUUUUAUGACAUUUAGUUCUGUGCAAAUGAACAGCCCUAAUAUUAUUUGCAUUGUAGGUGCAAUGGUUUAAAAAACAACUAGUGUACAUGUUGCUCGAAAUCGAGCAAUUGCAAAGAAGUAAAGUAAACUUAUUAAAAAAACUAAUAAAAGGCAUAAUUUCCCAUGAGUUUAAAAGACUCAACUUAUAGAUUACGUACCUAACAGUUCCAUAUAAUCAACAUUUAUUGUAAAUAUUUUAUAAUUUUUCAAAAGCUGAUCUGGUUUUUUAGUGUAUUCUACAAAUGUUCCCCACUUAUAGCCACAUUAGGUUGUCCAUGUUGAUCUUCGUCAGUGAUAAUGUAGUCUGCAUGGCACUACAUCGCCAGUACGUUUACAAAUUUCAGUCAUUUUUUUAUAGUGAUAACAUUUUGUUGACAUUACUUAAGAACUGCCUGAUUUUCUGCAUAACCUCUCUAUCACAAUAAUUGUAUUUGCUUCAGUUAGCAUUAAUUUGGUUAGUUACUGUUAUAACGUAAGUUAUAUUUCUGAGAAAAAUCCAGAAUUGAAAGGUCUAAUAUUGUUCAGUUGGUUUUUUGUUUCCCUUAAAUGUGGAUAAUGCAAAUCCUUCAAUGAAAGUUUUAUUAAGGUUUCUUGGAUGUAGUCAUAUUAUUUUAAAAUCACUUGACUUUUAUGAAAAAAUAUAUUUUAUUUAAUGUCCUUGCGGUACCAGUUAAAUUCAGCCUUAGAGUGUUUUAUUUUGCCAAUCAUCAUAAAGUUAUGUCCGUGUUUACUACAAAAUAGUAACACUUCGGCUAACAUCCUUGUUCAUUGUUUGUGAACAUCUUCAUAUUGUAGGUGUUCUUCAUUAUAUAGGAGGUAAAAUAUAUCAAAUUUCCCAGGCUUCCUCGAUAUUUUACAUAGUAAAUUCAAGUGGUAAGUAUUUAAUUUCAACAAAAUCAGUAAAUGUACCCAAAGCGUUUCGUUGAAUUGAAAAUAAAUAACAGCAAUUAAAUUAUACAGCUGAUCAAAAUGUAAAGAAUUAUGUUCUCCAUAAGGAUAACAUUGGAACUUUCAAAGCCACUGGGGCAGAGCCCAAGGGACUUUUUAUAAAAUGUAAGGCCAGGUUGCAAAUCUACGCGACACGCUCUUUCUAAUGAGACGUCAAUGGAUAAAAUCGGUUAAGAAAUGGCGGAGGAGUUCAACCGACAAAGUUUCAUGUAGCGUAUUAAUUAUAUAGAUUUUUGACCUCCAUUUAAAGUAAUGUAUAUGCUGUGAAUAUGUGAUAUAACUUGUUCACACACAUUACAUAGACAUUUUUUUUUAAGAGAAAUUGUUAAAGGCAAGAAUGGAAAUCUAUAACUGUGUUUUAAAAAAGUCCAGUUUUUUUACAUGUAAUUUAUUGGACUUGUUGUCAUACUGCUGCAAAACCCAUUGUUUUAAUAUCUACAUUUUGGUGCCAAAGUAGUUCAGUAAACAGCUGGUCUUGUGGACAUCGUCCAUUCCAUUGUUUCAUGGAGCUGCAAUGAUGAGUAGGCUCAUAUCAUACAAGCGCUAUUGCCGUCAAGAUAACGCCGGAAAAAUUCCAUGUCAUACGUGACGGAAAAUGCGUCGCGUUAAUGCCGUCCCGCCAACGCUGUGUGUUUGUCAUACAUAGUCUUCCGGGCGCAUUUGCAGUCGCAGCACUUAUUUCCAAUAUGGUGCAUAUUGCUAUCAGGUACAUUAAAAUAGUUACCUACUUGGUCUUUUUCAGCAGCUGUCAACUCAUUCCAGUUCUAGGGCAUGGCCUUCCCAACCUCGUUCCAGGAUUGUGAUUGUGCGAAACAGUUGCCUGUUGCUAUUACCACUCGACUUAACGUACAGACAAUUUUUUAAACUGUAUAAAUAAAUUUUUCUUUGUCUAACAUGAUGAUGACUCCAAAAAGGUAUUCCAGAGUUUCUGCCAGCAGUCGGGUGGCAAAUGCGCUCCGCUGACGCUAGCGCUCCUAUGACAGGUUCGCCCUGUCACUAGUGCCAUGUAGCCAACACGACCGUCCGCGUUGGCAGCGCUCACCGUCCGGCUAACGUGGACUUGCUGAAGGCAUUAGUGUCCGUAUGACUAGCCCCAUAAGAACCCCCAUUGCCGGGUUCGAGCGGCAUCAACGUGGCGGCAGCAAUAGCGCGCGUAUGAUAUUAGCCUUAGAUAAAUUAAAAAAGUCAAUUGAACAACCAAUCGAGAUAAACAAUAAACUACCACUCCUUGUUGUUUUUAUUGUUUUGUUAAGAGUCUGACAAACACAAACAUUCUCAGAUAAUUUAAUUGAAAAGCCCAAAAAGCUUUUUUUAUCUGAAGUUUCCUCUUGAUUACCUAUAAAAGUAGUAUCUAAAAUCUUUAUAUGAAGUAUUAAACUUAUAAAUUUGAAUUUAAACACAAUAUAACAACAAAAUAUGUUUAUAAUAGUUUCCCUUAGUAUGAUAAAUUACAAAUUUAAGUUAUAAAAUUAUAAUAAAAAAGAAAUUUAAGCGUAUAAUUUCAAAGUCCUUUUGAAGAAAUGUAUAUAAUUUUGCCUUGCUUGAAUGUAUUGUUUUAUAUAGCCUACAGACAUUUAUCCUUAUCACCCAUAAAAAAUAUUUUCAUAAUUAUUUCCUCUGAGCUGGUCUAUUCAAGCAGCUGGUCAAAAAAUAUUUACAGAGUUAUUUGACACAAUUAUCUGUGAUAUAAAAUGUAUUUCUUUCAUCCACUUGUGUAAUAUAGUUGAGUGAAAAUUUAAAAACGUACGUUUUCAGGAAAAGCACUUUGCAAAUUUUUUUCUCCUUUUUUCAAAAUUUGUAUUAUUUUUUUUAUUUCAUUAACAUUUGAAGUUUCAUAAAAUGACCAUGGUAACGCAAUAUCUUUGGUAGUUUCUUUUUAAAAGAGCAUCUUUAGUGAAAAAACACAAAAUCCUGUCACGACCAUAACGGACGUUUAAAUGAAUAUUAAAAAUAGUUAAUAUUAUUUUUAUAACUAUGUUUUGCUAAAAACUAAUUUACUUUUAUGACCAUUAUAUAAUAAAAAGGUCACUGAGCUUUUUGUAUAUUUGGUCUUUCUAAAAAAAAAUAAAAAACUCAAAAAAUUGAAAAAAAGUCAAUCAAAUCUUUUUAAGUUUGUAUAACUCCGAAAAAACUUACCUGAGGCCCAAAAAAUCGUUAUGUUUGUAUAGAGGUGUGCUUCUUUUGUGUAUAAAACAUUGAAAUAUGACGAUAUUUUAAUUUUUGAAAUUUUUAUGAUAGAAAUCAUAAACGUGAUGGUCAGGGACAAGCGGUAUGGUCGUGAAUUGUCUGGAAUAUUCUAAAUCUUUCUAAACAAUCCUUCAAUUAUCCUGUUAGUUAUAAUAAAAAUGUGUUUCAAUUGAACUAAACUGUUCUAUUUACAAUUAUAUUAAAGUUAUUGUCACGACCAAACACAGUAUAAUCUAUAAGGCUGGAUUGGUCGUGAAAAAACCCGCGAUGGUCGUGAAAUUACGUGUUAUUUGGCUCUGUUCUGGCAGUAGCCCUGCACCUCAUGUUCGAGGAUACAAAGUGGACUUCUAGGUUAAUCUAGCAAAUGAAAUAUCUUAUAAACAAAAAUUAACACCAUGUCUACUUCAUCGAAUGACUACGUACGGUCAUGGACACACCAAAAUUACAAAAAACACAAUCUUUCCUUUAUUAAUCUUGUAAUUCCUCCUUUCAACUCGAAACGACCGGCACUACAAUCCUGACGUACACCCCGAACUAGUCUCUAAAACCAACUGACUCCAUCGACACCAGGCUUGCCACUGUCGUGCUCCAAAGUUGAAAAUUUUUCCCAAAUGGUCGUGACGCCAAAUCGAGGGACAGACUUAUUUUGUCAUGGUAGUCAGUUUGUAAUGACAAUAAAAUUAUAAUAUGCUCCUUUUUUGUAAGUUUAAUAACCAUAGAUGACAUAAAAAUAUGGCAUUAUAUAUUUUGGCAUGAAUAAUUAGUCUAAAAACAGCGUGAAAGUUGGAAAAUGUACCCUAGGGACAUUUCAUGGUCGUGAAUUUCGAGACUUUAAAAAUACGAAAAAAAUACCUAGAACCUAUCUAAAACCAAAUAAAUGUGUGUAACAUGUUGCCCCCGUCCCAAAAAAUAUUAAAACACAUAAUAAUAAACUACAAAUCCAGUAUCUACAAAGUAAAAGGCCAGGGACAUGAAAACGUGCGUUUUUAAAUUUUCACUCAGUUACGCUUGGUCUGUGUUCAUACUGCUGAUAUUUAGUGUAGUAGCCUAUAUUAAGUAUAAAAAUUGGAGUGUACAGUUACAAUCAUCCAUUUUUAUAAUUUAUUAAUGUCCAUCCUACAUUUUAGUGCCAUUUUUGUGCAUUUAACCAGUUUUACAUAAUAUCAAUGUAUAUGUAGAGUUGUGUCUAAACUAUAGAUAAAAACUAUUUAAGAGUGAGUAUUGAUAUUAAUUUUAAAGACUGCUUUGUAUUUAAUA